AUGCCGAUCCCUCUUGUCCACGCAAGGCUGUCAAACGAAGAAAACGCUCAUCAUCAUCCGUCAAUGCACAUUGCAAUUGAUCGUAAUUCUGAUCCAUCUUGUUUUGACAAGGAUACCAAACAAACGAAAUUUCGCCUAUCGUCUAUCAAGCUAAGCCAGUCGCGAGAGCUGCUCAAGAAAUCUAUCGCUAGACAAGCACAGAAAUGGGAUAGAUUCUCCCCAUCAGAUCCCUAUACGUUUGUGUCUUUGCAAGUAUUUUCUUCACUUGCAGCGGUCGUACCAUCAUCCACCCUUUUUUUGCAGUCAUCUGGGGAGACUUUUGCCGAAACUUUCAGCGCUAUAUUACCGGGUGACAGGAGCAUCACUUUCACUAUAGUGGAUGUUCUUGAAUAUCCAAUAGUGAAAAUGCCUCGACAACCACAGUCGUACCUACAGAAAUUGCUGAGCAUUUGGGAUGAUGAUUCCCAUGCUUGGGAUGCAUCAUCUUGUCCUAUUGUUGCAGGAAAUAGGAUAGCUGCCAAGCAUUGGAAACUAGUUUAUUCGAUGGCCGGACGCUGGAAGGCAUCGAGAAAUCGAACACAGUGGCAUAAAUGGAAGAUACUGGUCGAGGAAUUACAGAAAUUCAACAACUGUCCUGAGACUCUUAUUGAAGAGUACCAGCGCUCAAUGACUUUGCCUCCGACCAUUCACAACAUCGCCCUUACAAUCCAGCGCGCUCGUCGGCAAAGCGACAAAGAAUUCAACGCUGACUUCUUUUCUCAUUGCGAUGUAAACUGUGAGGACACUAUUCGAAGUAUUUCUUAUGAAAAGAAAGGGAUGCGGCUUGUUUGCACAUCGGAGAAGGCUAUCGCUCGUAGAGUGCGCGAACUGUACCCUCUGGAGAGAAGAUUGGAAAGGAACUACGACAUCGAACGAGCUAACGAGGCGCGGCAGGAGAAAACCAUGCUUUUCAUUGAAAAGAAGGCCCCAGCAAAGGGUUCUCCUUCGGCCUCGCUCAUUACCAUCACGGAGGAUGAAUGGAACGAUAUCAGGACAACUCCUGCCAUCUUUGAGCGUGUCAAACAGUGGAUCCCUAGCUACAUACUCGCGUGGAUGACGAAAGCCAACGAGGUGGAGAAUUUGUCUAAAGGAAAGCGUACUCGGGAGGUGCAGGAAGGCGACGCGCUGGAGAAUGGGCCGGACAAGAAUCCGAGACUUAUGACCCCCAUCAUCGAAACCACGCCAGACCCGACCAUCGCUCAGAACGUUGAACUACCGGAAUGUCUUUACCGAAUCGGACGAUGGCAUAAUUAUCUUCCUCUUCCACUUUUCACUGCCAAUAACAACCUCAUUUUCAUACAUUCCAACUCCUCGUCUCUCAAGACCUCGAAAACGCUUCUUCCGGGAGAUAAGGAGCGCACCGAAGUGGUCCUGUGGGACUUACUGGACCGUCUCAAUAUACGGGUGCCAGAUUCGGAGAAAGCAGACGAAGAUGAGGUCGUGACCCGGAUGGUCAUGGUUGCACUCGAGCAAACUGAACUCGAUAACACUUCCUUUUCUUCAACAAUCAACGUGAUGCAGAGAAAUAUUACCGAUUCUGGAAACCCCGUGAGUAUCGUCUUCGGGAAGAACGCCGUCUCUAUAACACCAAAUUCGACCUUACCACUUAUAACAUGGCAUGGAAUCGCGUCGUCACCGAUCACGAGCGGUCUUUGGAGGCGAAACCUUGACAGUCACCUAACUCAUCCACGGUUCCUUCCUCUUCUAAGCCCUUUCCGAAAGGCAACAAGGGUGACUCCUUCGACCUCUGUUGCCUUGGAUGUGGUAAGAAGGGGCACUCCGCUGCAGACCAUUCGAAUAAACAUGCUCCCUCCUCUGGGCCAGGUGGAUCAAAGGGGGUAUCUUUCGUCCUCGGUCUCCCUCAGGGAGAAGACAAACGCAUCUGAUAUCAGUGGAACAUCCGAGGGAAUUGCAAAGCUAACAAGACCUGUCAGGAUGCGCACGUCUGCACCUUCUGCGGAAGCGAUGGGCACCACGCCUUCUCAUACACUUGUCGCUCCAGACCUAAUUGAGGCAUUCCUCGAACUUUCGAUUCCGCCAACCCUUUCUUACUAUGGCUUUUCCGUUCAUUUUCGCUUACCACUUCCCAACACAUGUCCCGAGUUCAUCGAGCUAUAUGAGCGGAUUGUCACCCCUUACAAUGCAGACGAAUUCGAAAAGCUCUACUAG